AUGUCAUCCCAGUACGCUAUUCUGGGAGAGGUGAGACCCCACCCCAGCACCAUGAACCUUUCUAAUGUCCCACCAGGCCUCAAUGGCUCCCAGGGAGGCCCUGGGCCUAUCCUGUAUGGGGGCCAUUCUUUGUGGCAGGUGGUGUUGAUUGUGCUGAUGACUGGGAUCCUCUCACUGGUCACAGUGGUGGGCAACCUGCUUGUGAUGGUCUCCUUCAAAGUCAACAGCGAAUUGAAGACAGUCAACAACUACUUCCUACUCAGCCUGGCCUGUGCUGACCUCAUCAUUGGGGCAGUGUCUAUGAACCUCUACACCACCUACAUCAUCAUGGGCCACUGGGCCCUCGGCAACGUGGCCUGCGACCUCUGGCUGGCCCUUGACUAUGUAGCCAGCAAUGCUUCAGUCAUGAACCUCCUGAUCAUCAGCUUUGACCGCUACUUCUCUGUCACGCGGCCCUUGACCUACCGGGCCAAGAGAACGCCCAAGAGGGCAGCCAUCAUGAUCGGCCUAGCUUGGGCCAUCUCCUUCAUCCUUUGGGCACCCGCCAUCUUGUUCUGGCAGUACUUUGUUGGGGAGCGGACAGUGCCCUCAGGAAACUGCCAUCUCCAGUUCCUCUCUCAGCCUAUCAUUACUUUUGGCACGGCCAUUGCAGCCUUCUACCUGCCGGUCACCAUCAUGAUCAUUCUCUACUGGAGGAUCUACCGGGAGACUGAGAACAGGGCCAGGGAACUGGCUUGCCUGCAAGGCUCAGAGAGCAAGAGCAUUGUCAGGCCAACCCCCAACAACGGGCCUAAAGGAGGUGGCGUAGGCAGCAACUGCAGCUCCGAGCGGUUGCAACCCAUCAAGGUUUCUUCUGCUGUGGCAAAAGCCCACACACAGGCCUGCUGCUUCCCCAGUUGGAAGAAGGCCAGGCUAUAUGUGGAGCAGAGCAGCAAUGGGAGCUGGAUCAAUACAGAGGAGGAGGAAGAGGAGGACGGCUCCCCUGAUUCCUUGACAUCGUCUGAGGGAGAGGAGCAGCCCUUUGAGGUUCAGAGUGUCUGCUCGGUGGUGAUCCGGCUGCCUAUGAUUGGCAGUGUAGCGCAGCCACCACUGCCAACACAGAAGCCAACCCGGGACCGGGAGAAGCUGGCUGGAGGGCCAUGGGCAGGAAGGAAUGGCUUGUGCAGGAUCCUAGCCCAGUCUCCUGCUGCCAUCGAGUCCCCCAACAUGGCCAAGAAGCCGUCAAACAAAAAGAUAUCACCAAUGAAGGAGAAGGGGGCGUUGACUGCCAAAAGCCAUCUGCGGAAGAGGAGCAAACAGCUCUCCCAGCGGAAGACCCUCUCCCUGAUCAAGGAGAAGAAAGCAGCCCGAACACUGAGCGCCAUCCUGCUGGCCUUCAUCCUCACCUGGACACCCUAUAACAUCAUGGUGCUGGUGUCCACCUUCUGCCAGGACUGCGUUCCUAACAGCCUCUGGAAGCUGGGCUACUGGCUUUGCUAUGUCAACAGCACUGUCAAUCCCAUGUGCUAUGCCCUGUGCAAUAAGUCUUUUCGCAAUACAUUUAAGAUGCUGCUGCUGUGCCGCUGGGACAAGAGGAGGUGGGGGAAGAUGCCCAAGCACGUGGUGGCCUUCCACAGGGCUCCAGCACACUGA